UACAAAUUAUGCCGUCCACAAUCAAGAGAUUAGAAGUCAUCUAUAACUCUAUCAAUGACAGCAACACUUUUACUAACGGUGAUGUUAUUUAUGGGGAAGUCAGGCUGGAAGCGGAGAAAGACUUCCAGAUAGAGUCCCUGUUCAUUAAAUUCAAAGGGAAAGCUGACGUUUUGUGGACCGAGAGGCACGGACAAACCACGCAUGUAUACCACGCCAAAGACAAGUACUUCAGCGUUAGACGUUACUUCAUCCGAGACAAAAACAGCAAAAAGGACGACAGACAGACACUAGUGACGAAUGAGAACUUACAAACAUACAGCAGUGUUGUUGCUCCAGGAAUCCAUGUCUACCCAUUCAGCUUUCAGUUCCCUUUCCAGGAUUUACCCUCCUCCUUCAAAGGUGCUGAUGGUAAAAUUGUGUACUCGCUGGAAGCCGUGCUGAGCAGAUCAAUGAGGAUGAACACGACACGUUCGACUAUGGUCAACUUUGUGUCGACGACAAAUAUGAACACUGCAUCUUGGUUACAGACACCGCAGCAUGAGUCUAAGGAUAAGAAAAUGAAAGUUUUUACCUCAGGAAGUGUAGCCAUGGAUGUCAAUCUUGAAAAAAUGGGCUUCCGACAAGAAGAAGGAUUAAAAGUUGUGGCCUUCAUUAAGAACAGUUCAUCUCGUGAGAUCAAGCCCAAGUACUGUUUGUACAGAAAGCACAGUUUCUUUGCAAGAGGGAAGAGAAGGGUCCAUACUAAAGACCUCUUGAAAGAGGUGGGAGACGCCAUCCCUCCAUCUGCAGAAGAAACCGUCACAAGGGUCAUCACCAUUCCCCGUGACGUGGAGCCCUCGAUCCUCAACUGCAACAUCAUCAAAGCUGAGCACAGACUCAGGGUGUACCUUGACGUAAAAUAUGCUUCAGAUCCAGAGAUCAAGUUUCCUGUAGUCAUCCUGCCAGCCUUCCAUGCCUAUCCUGCAGUGCCACCACACUAUCCCGCUGCUGCUGCUACCCCCUUUGGAUUCAACCCAAACUCAAACCCUCCAGUGUGGGGUUUUGAGCCACAACAACCAAUAGCAGCUCCCCAACCGUCAGAUCCCCCUCCUCCUUAUGGAGCAUAUGCAAUGUACCCUCCGUUGCCAGAUUUUGAGAAUAAAUACUAGCAACUAGAGCUGGGCGAUAGAACGAUAACAAUAUGUAUUGCGAAAUAACUUUUUCUUGAUAGAAAAAUUAAACUAUUGUGAUAGGCCUCAUCUCUCUUGUCCUCUUAAAAAAAAAAGAAAAAGAAAAAAAAGAACAGCCAAUCCAAAUUAAGUAGCGCAGAGCCAAACCAAUCACAGCCGCAGCGUCAUGUCACAUGACUUGUUACGUACAGCACAAGUGCCAAGGCGCACAUGUGUAUUUGUUUUUGCAGCCGGGCUGCCCAGAUAAUGGAGGAAAUGAGUUUGCCGACUAGAGAAAAAUCAACCGAGAGCGUGAGUGAAGGUUACCAAAGAAAAAACCGAUGAUGGUUCCAAUUCCGGAGAGAUUGUCGAACGGAAGGGCCAUAGAAGUUCCGUAGUGUGAAGGUAUUUCGGCUAUUUCAAGUCUGACAAAAAACAGAGUAGCGCGCACUGUAAAUUGUGCCGAAAGCAAGUCUGGAAAUACAAUAAACCGGUGCAUGCUCAAUCUCUGACUGAAAGCGCUAAUUCGUCAUUCGGCUUUUGUCAGACUAAAGUAACUGUUAAAACUGAAAAGCUAAGCUAUAGAACAAGGAGAGAUUGAGAAUUUCCUUUUAGUUCUCAGUUUUUUUGAUAUUGACAAAAGUUAGUCAAUUUAGUCUGUUCUUCUGUAAAACGAACUAAGAUUUAUUUUUAGAAUUAAAAUUUUGUUUCUAAGUGGAAUUGACAAUUUAGUAGUCUGUUUUGUUUGUUCUAUUUUGAAACUUAAAUGCUUUAGCGGCUGCCUUUUGUGUAGUUUGCAAUAUUUGCCUUUAUUUAUCUGAUACUGAAGUCUCAUGUUCCUCAAGUACAUCUACCCUGUUGAACUUAUAAUGGGAAAUAAAUAUUUAAAUCAAAACAAGCUGCAGAUUAUUUCACAUUUUACUCGUGAGCAACGGCACAUUUAAAUCUUACAAAUAUAGUUAUUUGGCUUAUAUCGUGAUAUAUAUCGUUAUCGCCUGAAAUGAAAAAAACAUAUCGUGAUAUGAAAAAAUCUUAUAUUGCCCAGCUCUACUAGCAACAGGUCUGACCAGAUGCUUUGCCAGGAAAUGGUGUGAAAACACCGAGAAGCAUACUGUGGUCAUUAAGAGCCACUCUAGUGUUCACCAAACACUUCUGUGGCUAUAGAUUAUACCAAAUCCCUAUAGUGUGUGUUUAACUGCCUCAUAUAGGAGUAUCCACUCCGGUUUCUUUUUUUUCUUUUUUAUUUAACAAUUCAUAUCUUAAGUGCUUACAUGUUACAGACAGACGACUCUGAAUAAAAGGGAAAAAAUGUAAAACAUUACUUGUUCCUGUGAUAAAUGCAAUGCUGUUUGACUGGUUUGUUUUACACCUAAAAACCUUUCUGAAAAGUAAAGAGAAAAAUAUUUUCCAUUCACUGGUUAACAACAUUACAAUAUCAAGCCGGUGUUA